AUGACCUGCUGCAACUCGUCGCGCACACCCUCUUUCCCUCCGCCGCGCAACCUGCCCCACCUCCCCUUCCCCUUGCCGCCUGCCUCACCUCGUAGAGCGCGGCCUCUACUGUCGCGCACCCCAUCUACCCUCGUGGCAUGCCCUACCUUUCCUCCUAUAAGCCUCUCUCCACUCCUCUCCCCUCUAUCAAGACCCUCCUCCACCCAAUCCGCCCCUUCACCCUCCUCCUCUUCUCCCCCCCUCCUAUUCCCCCCAUCAUCGCCCUUUCCUCCGCCUCUAUCCUCCUCCCAUCUGCUCACAUCCUUCCCUCAUUCUCCCUCCGCCUCUUAUCUCUCCCCUCCGCUACUGAGCAGCAUCUCCGCACAUCUCUCCACACUUAGCUCCACGCCUACAAGCCCCUCCCUUCCAUGCAAUCCGCCCCUUCACCCUCCUCCUCCUCUCCUCUCUCCCUCCUUUCCCUCCCCAUCUCGCUCUCUCUCCGCCUCUCUCCUCUCCCCAUCUGCCGCAGCUGGUUGCUGA